UAUUUAACACCUAAUAUCUCUCAAAUCUCAAUCUUUCUCAUACCCUAUUCCAUCAUUGAAUCAUCAAUUGCUUCAACAUGUAUGUAAUCAAGAGAGAUGGCCGUCAGGAAUCUGUUCAUUUCGACAAGAUUACUGCACGUCUCAAAAAGUUAAGUUACGGUCUUAGCAGCGACCACUGUGAUCCAGUUCUAGUUUCUCAGAAAGUAUGUGCAGGUGUUUAUAAGGGCGUAACCACCAGUCAGCUUGAUGAAUUAGCCGCUGAAACUUCUGCUGCUUUGACUGCGAAUCAUCCUGAUUAUGCAUCUUUGGCUGCUAGGAUUGUUGUCUCGAAUUUGCAUAAGAAUACGAAGAAAUCGUUUUCGGAUACAAUUAAGGAUAUGUAUUAUCAUGUUAAUGAGAGAUCUAGUCAGAAGGCUCCUUUGAUUGCUGAUGAUAUCUACGAAAUUAUCAUGGAGAAUGCUUCACGACUGGACAGUGAGAUCAUUUAUGAUCGGGAUUUUGACUAUGAUUACUUUGGAUUUAAAACACUUGAGAGGUCUUACCUCUUGAGAAUCCAAGGAAAAGUAGUGGAAAGGCCUCAACACAUGUUAAUGAGGGUUGCUGUAGGGAUCCACAAAAAUGAUAUUGAUUCUGCCAUCAAGACAUACCAUUUAAUGUCUCAGAGAUGGUUCACUCAUGCUUCACCAACUCUCUUCAAUGCAGGAACUCCAAGGCCUCAGUUGAGUAGUUGUUUCUUGGUAUGCAUGAAAGACGAUAGUAUUGAAGGAAUAUAUGAUACUCUGAAAGAGUGUGCUGUUAUUAGUAAGUCAGCUGGAGGAGUUGGGGUGUCUGUUCACAAUAUUCGUGCCACUGGCAGUUAUAUUCGUGGAACAAAUGGUACAUCCAAUGGCAUUCUUCCAAUGCUACGAGUGUUUAAUGAUACAGCUCGUUAUGUUGACCAAGGGGGUGGCAAGAGAAAGGGUGCGUUUGCUAUAUAUUUGGAGCCAUGGCAUGCAGAUGUAUUUGAGUUUUUGGAUUUGAGGAAGAACCAUGGAAAGGAAGAACAACGUGCCCGGGAUCUAUUUUAUGCUCUCUGGGUACCUGAUCUCUUCAUGGAAAGAGUCCAAAGUAAUGGACAUUGGUCAUUGUUCUGCCCAAAUGAAGCUCCAGGGUUGGCUGAUUGUUGGGGUGAAGAAUUUGUCACCCUAUAUACUAAGUAUGAGAGAGAGGGAAAGGCAAAGAAAGUUGUACAAGCUCAGACUCUUUGGUUUGAGAUACUGAAGGCCCAGAUUGAAACUGGAACUCCCUACAUGUUAUUUAAGGACAUAUGCAACAGAAAAAGUAAUCAGCAGAAUCUGGGAACAAUUAAAUCUUCAAACUUGUGCACUGAGAUUAUUGAAUACACAAGUCCAACAGAAACUGCUGUCUGCAAUCUAGCAUCAAUUGCUUUACCACGAUUCGUUAGGGAAACGGGUGUCCUAAUUGAAUCACAUCCAUCUAAGCUUAUAGGCAGCAGAGGUUACAAGAAUUGCUAUUUUGAUUUUGAGAAACUAGCAGAGGUUACUGCGGUAGUGACUACAAAUCUGAACAAGAUAAUUGAUGUUAAUUACUAUCCUGUUGAAACUGCAAAAAAUUCAAAUUUGAGGCAUAGACCCAUUGGUAUUGGAGUUCAAGGUCUUGCUGAUACCUUCAUUUUGCUAGGCAUGCCAUUUGAUUCUCCAAAGGCACAACAGCUGAAUAAGGAUAUUUUUGAGACCAUAUAUUACCAUGCCUUGAAAGCUUCUGCUGAAUUGGCAAUAAAAGAAGGUCCUUAUCAGACUUACAAUGGUAGUCCUGUGAGCAAGGGUAUUUUACAACCAGAUAUGUGGGGUGUAACACCUUCAGGUCGGUGGGAUUGGGAUGGCCUUCGAGCUACAAUAGCAAAGAGUGGAGUGAGAAACUCACUUCUUGUUGCACCUAUGCCAACUGCAUCUACCAGUCAAAUUCUUGGAAAUAACGAGUGUUUUGAGCCAUACACAUCCAAUAUCUACAGUCGGAGAGUUCUAAGCGGUGAAUUUGUGGUGGUAAAUAAACACUUGCUUCAUGACUUAACUGAAAUGGGUCUCUGGUCACCUACUCUUAAGAAUCAGAUAAUAUAUGAAGAUGGUUCUGUUCAGAAUAUUUCAGAAAUCCCUCAAGAUCUAAAGGAGAUUUACAAGACUGUUUGGGAGAUAAAACAGAGGACAUUGGUUGAUAUGGCGGCAGAUCGCGGAUGUUACAUAGACCAGAGUCAAAGCCUUAACAUACAUAUGGAGCAGCCUAACUUUGGAAAACUUACAUCCCUUCACUUCCAUGCUUGGUCUAAGGGUCUGAAAACCGGGAUGUAUUACCUACGAUCGCGUGCAGCUGCAGAUGCAAUAAAAUUCACCGUCGAUACCUCUAUGCUAAAGAAGGAAAAGGUAAAAAUGGUGGGAGAGGCCAAGACUGAAGCACCUACAGAAGAAGAUGUAUUGAGUGCUAAUAUGUCUACAAUGGUAUGUUCUUUGACAAACCGCGAUGAAUGCUUGUCUUGUGGAAGUUAAACCAACAAACAAACUGGGUUUAAUGUUCUUUUUAUUGUAUAGUAUGUACUCGUCAAUGCUACAAGGUUUUAAGUGAUGGUUGUAUUGUUAUUUUAUCAGUUUGGGAGAAUUUGGAUAUUUAGUAUUAUUACUAGAUUUUGUUGGUAAUUUGUGAAAUAGGGAGGAUUGAAAAAACAAUAUUUUAUGCUUAUAUAUUUGGAUAUUUUUUUAGUUUUA